AUGCUGGGUGUAUCUGGUAGUAAGGGGCCCAACAAUCAACCCUACUCCACAAGGGUGCCCUGUGAGUCCUUGACAACGGGAUUCAUGGUGAAUCCAACGACCAUGGCAGCCAAGUGGACCACGACCAAAGAUGUCAGUUUUAUUAUCAACUAUCGCUUUCGACGAAUCACCAUAAUUUUUUCAACGUAUAAAGCGUACAAGGCCGAGUUUACUUUUCAAGAUCUUGAAGUGCAUAGCCUUCAUCCUGAAGAAUUCAAAGGGGAGAAACGUGCCUAUUUCACCUUAAUUGCCAAGCAUCCACCACAAUAUUGGAAAGCGCUACAUCCUUUAUCCAAGCGUAUUCGGUAUGAUGAUAUGCCUUGGAUACGUGCAACAAGAAUCGCCAUGGACAAACAAACGGCCUCUCAUAUAAAAAAGGCAUCACCAACACCACUGGAGCGUCAAGAAACGGUUACACAGUGUCUGGCACUUGGCGAAUGGACAACGUUUCGAGUUUGCAUAUCACUUGAUGGUGGUGGGUCAAGCCAAAGCCGAAAGGCUUUCAAAUCAGUGCUAUGGCACGCCAUUAGUAGUCGACUGGUUCCACGCCCUAGCGUACGAAAUCGAUGUGAUAAGAAAUUCACCGUGUUGAAUGCAUACAACGGCACUACCACAACAACAUCGGCGACUAUUCCGAACAACAUUCUAGAAAAUUUUGACAUGUACUACACGCUUGAGUCAUACUUUUCAUACCGUAUCCUCAUUCCUGCUACCAUCGAUGAAACGUUUUAUGCAUUGUAUGCGAAAAUGACACCUAUUGAAGCUUCCCGUGCUUUGCAAUACCUGACGGCUAUGGUGGAUACCGGUUUUCUUGAUGAUGACAAUGACGACGAAGGUGAUGAUGAUGAUGAUGAUGAGGGCAGCCCUGGUGGUGGUAGUGGGAAAAGUGGCAUUGAUACACGACAUAUUUGGAAGCCCACGGAGGCGUUACGCGAUGUCGUGAAGAACACAAACUUUGCCAAUAAUGCCUUAUCCCGUGAAAAGAGUAAACACAAGGACCAAGUCAUGAUUCGCAAGGUGCUGGUAACUCCCACCACUCUACUUUUCGAAUUACCUCAAAAUGAAACUGACAAUCGUGUGCUACGUUACUACAAGAAUCAUAUCGAUCGGUUUAUUCGAGUACAAUUUAUCGAAGAAGGCCAACAUCGACUUCAAACUUCUUCACGUCCCAAUCAUACCAGUACCAAAGUCUAUCAACGUAUCUCACACGCACUUAAGUAUGGGAUACAAAUUGGAAAUCGUCAUUAUGAGUUUCUUGCAUACUCAAGUUCCCAGCUACGUGAACAUGGAUGUUGGUUCUUUGCAUCGACGGAUACCUUGAAUGCUGAUAUGAUUCGAAGUUGGAUGGGUGAUUUCUCUGGUGAGCGUAUCGUUGCCAAGUAUGCUGCUCGUAUGGGUCAGUGCUUUUCUUCAACUUCCCCAACCGUGGAAUUGAAAAAGCACCAAAUACAAAAGAUCAAAGACAUCACGCGAAAUGGCUAUACAUUUUCUGAUGGUGCAGGGCGUAUCUCUACUAGCUUGGCCAAAAGGAUUGCUAUCAGAAUGGGAAAACCAAAGGGUGCAGCAUACACAAGCGCAUUUCAAUUUCGUAUGGGUGGUGCUAAGGGUACAUUAACCACAUGCCCCGAUAUGAAAGAUGACACACUUGCUUUGCGACCAAGUCAAGAAAAGUUCGAUUCCUCUCAUCGCAUGCUUGAAAUCAAUCGCCUAUCCACUCGUUCUAUUGCUUCCCUCAAUAGGCAAAUCAUUGUGAUCCUUUCAACAUUGGGUGUGGCUGACCACGUUUUCCUUGACUUGUUGCGUGAACUCCUCCAAGAACUCAAUUACCUUAAAUCAGACCCAGAGCGUUGCAUAGCAACGUUACGAGCAAAUUCGGAUGAAGAUGGCAUAUCACGCGACAUGAUUGCCUUGGUGAAAUAUGGAUUUUUAGCUUCCGGUGAUCCCUACAUUGCACGGUUGCUACAUGCGUAUCGCUUACAUAGACUCAAGGAGGUCAAGAAACGGGCAAAGAUUCCGGUUGCCAAGGGAGCCCACUUGUUGGGUGUGAUGGAUGAGACCUGCACCUUGAAGGAAAACGAGGUCUUUUGUCACCUCUCUGGUUCUUCUGAUCCUAUCACCGGGAAAUGCCUUGUUUUCCGUUUACCAGCCCUACAUCCAGGCGAUGCACGUAUCUUGAAAGCAGUAAAGUGCUCAAACCUCAAACAUCUACGUAAUGUGAUUGUGUUUUCGUCAAAAGGUGAACGUGAUGUUCCAAGCAUGUUGGCAGGUGGUGAUCUUGAUGGCGAUACCUACAGCAUUAUAUGGGAUAAACGAUUGUAUCCAAGCAAAAAGAUGCGCAAUAGAGAGCCCAUGGAUGUUACACCACUGAAGCCCAAGGAGGUGGAUAAAGUGGAGAUCACUCAUAUCCGAAAGUUUCUUGUUGAAUACAUUGAAAACGACAACUUGGGUCUUAUUGCCAAUGCCCAUCUUGCUCUUGCUGAUGCAUUCCCUCUUGGUGUAUCGGAUCCCAUAUGUAUGGAGCUGGCUCAAUUACAUUCGCACGCAGUUGAUUACCCAAAGACAGGCCGCAAGGCGACUUUAGAUGGGUCAUUGCGUCCUUUAGCUUACCCUGAUUUUAUGGAGAAAAAUGACAAGCCGUCUUAUGAAUCUCAAAAGAUCCUUGGACAGCUCUAUCGGAACAUCGACUCUGGAGAGUUUCAACAUUAUCGUGACAAACUACGCGUCAAAGACACGGAAUACGAUACACGUUUACGUUAUCCUGGGAUGGAGAAGUACUUUGAUUUUGCUCGUCAAAUGAAAUGGAAAUACGACAGUGAAUUAAAGAGUCUCAUGAAUCAAUAUGGUGUCCCUACGGAAGCCGAAUUUAUGACGGGAUGCAUCAUUCGAUACAAUCAUCAUGAGCGUAAGGAGUACGAACUACGAAGCAUGGUGCGUAAGGAAAUGAUACAACUAAAAGAACGUUGGCGACGUGAUGCAUUCACCACGUUACAAAAAAAGGCGGGCAAAAAGGCACGUUUUAGGACCAAAGAUAUCGAACGAGAUUAUGCCAGAGCUGCAGCCUUUUAUUAUGUGACGUAUCGCAAGGAUGAACAAGAAAAGGCAGCAUCGCGUCAUGGUGGGCAGCGCAAAAAUCACACCUUAUUGCUUAGCUUUGCAUGGUUGGCACAAGAUCUCCUUUGCGACAUUAUUCGACGCUAUCCUUAUGGUGAACAAGAGGAACAGGAACAACCGAUAAGAUGA